CCGCGGGCAGCCUGAGCCGGGCCGGGCCGAGCCGGGCGAUGCCGCGCUGAGGGGCGGCGGGGCCGGGCGCUGCCGCGAUGCUCCGCCGCAGCCUGAGCCGCCUGUGUGCCGGGGAGGAGAAGCGGGUUGGUACGCGCACCGUGGUGGUUGGGCACCGGACGGUUUCGGAAACAGAUGCAUAUGUGGCACAGAAGUUCUGCGAUAACAGGAUCGUCUCGUCCAAGUACACAAUCUGGAACUUCCUCCCGAAGAACCUUUUUGAGCAGUUUAGGAGAAUUGCCAACUUCUACUUCCUUAUCAUCUUCCUCGUGCAGGUGAUAGUGGACACCCCGACCAGUCCGAUAACCAGUGGCCUUCCGCUCUUCUUUGUGAUCACCGUCACAGCCAUCAAACAGGGAUAUGAGGACUGGUUGAGACACAGAGCUGACAAUGAAGUGAACAAGAGUACUGUCUUCAUUGUUGAAAAUGCAAAGCAAGUGCAGAAGGAGAGUGAAAAAAUCAAGGUUGGAGACAUAGUAGAAGUGAAAGCAGAUGAGACCUUCCCCUGUGACUUGAUAUUUUUGGCCUCAAGUAGUGUUGAUGGGACCUGUUACGUCACUACAGCGAGCCUGGAUGGCGAGUCGAAUUUCAAGACUCACUACGCGGUGCGGGAUACCACCGUGCUCUGCACAGAUGAAGCCAUAGAUGCCCUCACAGCCACGAUCGAGUGCGAACAGCCGCAGCCAGACCUCUACAAAUUUGUUGGAAGAAUUAUCAUCUACGGAAGUAACCAAGAGCCCAUAGCCAGGUCUUUGGGUCCCGAAAACUUGUUGCUGAAAGGUGCUACCCUCAAAAAUACCAAGAAGAUUUAUGGUGUGGCAGUCUAUACUGGUAUGGAAACAAAAAUGGCUUUGAACUACCAAGGGAAAUCUCAGAAACGCUCUGCUGUAGAAAAAUCUAUCAACGCUUUCCUGAUAGUGUAUUUAUGCAUCCUAUUGAGCAAAGCUACUGUGUGCACAACUCUGAAAUAUGUCUGGCAGAGUAAUCCACUUAAUGAUGAGCCUUGGUACAAUGAAAAGACUAAAAAAGAGAGAGAGACGUUCAAGGUGUUGCGGAUGUUCACAGACUUCUUGUCAUUUAUGGUCCUCUUCAAUUUUAUUAUCCCAGUCUCCAUGUAUGUUACAGUAGAGAUGCAGAAGUUCUUGGGUUCCUUCUUCAUCUCUUGGGACAAGGAAAUGUACGAUGAAGAAAUAAAAGAGGGAGCGUUGGUGAACACCUCGGACCUGAAUGAGGAGCUUGGACAGGUGGAGUUUGUCUUCACGGACAAAACAGGAACCCUGACAGAGAACAGCAUGGAGUUCAUCGAGUGCUGCAUAGACGGGCACAAGUACAAAGACUGCAUUUCAGAGGUUGAUGGCUUCUCCCAGACUGAUGGGCCCCUAAAAUACUAUGGCAAAGCAGAAAAGAGCCGAGAGGAGCUGUUCCUGCGAGCCUUGUGCCUGUGCCACACCGUUCAAAUCAAGGAAGCGGACCAGGUGGAUGGGCUGAUAGGUCAUCCCGAAUGCAAACACACCUACGUCUCCUCUUCCCCAGAUGAAAUUGCUUUGGUGAAAGGCGCAGAAAAGUAUGGUUUCACUUUUCUAGGACUUGAAAAUGAUUUCAUGAAAAUACGAAACCAAAAGAAUGAAACUGAAAUGUACCAGCUUCUCCAUAUAUUGAACUUCGAUCCUGUCCGUCGCCGUAUGAGUGUCAUUGUGAAGACCAUCACAGGAAAGCUACUUCUCUUCUGUAAAGGAGCAGACUCCUCUAUUUUUCCGAGGGUGCAGCAAGAAGAAAUCCAACAAACUAAAGUCCAUGUGGACCGCAAUGCUAUGGAUGGCUACCGAACACUUUGUGUGGCAUUCAAAGAACUGACUCAAAAGGAGUAUGAUAAAAUAGACCGACAGCUUAAUGAAGCGAAGAUGGCUCUGCAGGACAGAGAAGAAAAGAUGGCAAAGGUUUUUGAAGACACAGAAGCAGACAUGCACUUGAUUGGAGCAACUGCUGUAGAAGACAGACUGCAAGAACAGUCAGCAGAGACGAUUGAAGCUCUGCAUGCUGCCGGCAUGAAGGUGUGGGUGCUGACGGGAGACAAGAUGGAAACGGCCAAGUCCACCUGCUACGCCUGCAGGCUCUUCCAGACCAGCACCGAGCUGCUGGAGCUGACGGUGAAAACAGUGGGGGAGAGCGAGAGAAAGGAGGACCGGCUCCACGAGCUGCUGUUGGAGUACCACAAGAAGCUGAUUCAGGAUGUUCCCAAACACCGGGGUGGCCUGAAGAGAAGCUGGACGUUGAGUCAAGACUAUGGACUGAUUAUAGAUGGCUCGACGCUGUCACUGAUACUCAAUCCUUCACAGGAUUCCAGUUCUAGUAAUUACAAAAACAUAUUUCUACAAAUCUGCUUAAAGUGUACUGCAGUUCUCUGCUGCCGAAUGGCUCCGUUGCAGAAAGCACAGAUUGUGCGAAUGGUGAAGAACACAAAAGGGAGCCCAAUAACACUAUCAAUAGGGGAUGGUGCGAAUGAUGUUAGUAUGAUUUUGGAAGCACAUGUGGGAAUAGGUAUAAAAGGCAAAGAAGGACGGCAGGCUGCAAGGAACAGUGACUAUGCUGUUCCAAAGUUUAAACACUUAAGAAAAUUGCUACUAGCACAUGGGCAUUUAUAUUAUGUGAGAAUAGCACACCUUGUACAGUAUUUCUUCUAUAAGAACCUUUGCUUCAUUUUACCACAAUUUUUAUACCAGUUCUUCUGUGGAUUCUCACAGCAGCCUCUGUACGAUGCUGCUUACCUUACCAUGUACAACAUCUGCUUCACGUCACUACCUAUCCUGGCUUACAGCCUCCUGGAGCAGCACAUCAACAUUGACACGCUGACCUCAGAUCCACAAUUGUAUAUGAAAGUUUCCGAUAAUGCAAUGCUGCAGUGGAGGCCUUUCUUGUACUGGACCUUCCUGGGCGCCUUUGAAGGACUCGUGUUUUUCUUUGGGGUUUAUUUUCUUUUUCAAAAUUCAUCGUUGGAAGAUAACGGAAAGGUGUUUGGAAACUGGACCUUCGGAACGAUUGUUUUCACUGUCUUGGUGUUCACCGUCACUCUGAAGCUAGCAUUAGAUACUCGAUUCUGGACAUGGAUGAACCACUUUGUGAUAUGGGGCUCCCUUGCCUUCUAUGUGUUUUUCUCAUUCUUUUGGGGAGGAGUCAUUUGGCCUUUCUUGAAGCAGCAAAGAAUGUAUUUUGUAUUUGCCCAUAUGCUGACUUCCGUUUCCACGUGGCUGGCAAUAAUACUCCUGAUCUUUAUCAGCCUUUUCCCAGAAAUUCUUCUAAUAGUUUUAAAAAAUAUAAAAGAGAAAAAUCAUCAGACUGGCCCAUUUGAUCUGCCUAUGUUAGUGUCAUACAAACGUAUAGAGAAUGGCUAUGUGAAGACUGAAGAUGCUGUUACUAAUUCGGCAGAAAGAUAUCCCCUCAGGAUACUUUAAAAUGCUCCACACAAACAGUGCAUAUUGUCAUCCUGUAGGAAAAAGAAAAAAAAAAACACAAGCAAACGAAACCACGUGUUUUUUAACGUAACAGUUCUGUUUAAUAUUACCAAGUACGUAAGCAGCCAUGCUGAUGAAGCAGUAGCCAGGCACUGGCCGCGGUACCUGUUUGUCUUUGGUCUUGUUGCUUCCUCCCUCCUCCCCGCACCUCCCCCCCAAAAAAAAUCUGUCAAAUCAGAAGACUGUGGUAAUUGGAGACUGGGAAAGCAUCUUCAGGAAUUGUUCUAAAACAGCAUGAUCAAAGUGCAGGAGAGAAAUGCCUCCCUACGUCACACGGGGGCUUCCUCUCACCGCUGCAGAUCUGCCUGGGAGCAGCAGAGAGUUGCUGAAGUCUCUUGCUUCGCCUGACCAAAGAAGUAGCACGGACUUGAACCCCAUAACAGCCCUGGCCGGCUCCCCGAAGGCGCAGGGGAGAGCCCGCUCCCCCCAGCGCAGAAGCCAGACGCAUCCCUGCGAGCAUCUUGCCUGGUGCCGCGGGGGCUGCCCCCUCCCAGCGUUGGGUGGCCAGAUGCAUGUGGCAGAAAUACUUGAAAACACGGGAAAAAUCAUCGCUGGCAGCACAGUGUUCAGUCGCACGUCCCUCCUCUGGGAUGGCUGGAAGCGAUCAGUGAGCCGUAAGCAGCGGCAGCACCCGUGCGGAGAGUGUGGUGCUGGGCGUCCUCCCGUCUUGGCUUGCUCUGUGCUGGUGGGUUUGCUCCUGGUGAGAAGUGAAGGCAGGAUGGUUUUCCCUUGUUUUGGGAAUGUACCAGGACUGUUCAUGGAGUAAGGAAACUUUCAUGGGGAGGGAAGAACCUUGGAAGCUGAGCUGUGCCCGAUUUCCAGCCCAGGUUUGCCCCGGCUCCCGUGGCUGUGCUUGCGUUACUGCAGCGUGCAGUUGGUGAAACGCUUUAAAGGUCUGAGUGACAGCGCAGUCCUUGGCCAGUCCCAGGGACCUGGAUGGUGCCUGUGAACUUGCAGGCAUAAAACUGCAUCCUGAGUUAUUUGCACUAAGAAAACAGAAGUUGGUUUUAAAAAUAAAAGUACGUUAAUCUGAUUUCAUUUUACACUUUAUUUGGUUUUCAAUUGGCAUGUUCUUUUUCAGUCUACCUUUAGCAAGGUAGUGGGAACUUUUCUUUAAGUUGUGCGCAGCAGAGGCAAGAUGCCUGACUCUCAGUUUUCUCUGGCACUUCAUAUGUGGAAAAAGCAGCUUUUUCAUCGUGUUGAGUCAGAAGCAGUCACGGAGCACCCUGCGUGCCACCACCCGACGUGCGAAGGUCCUCCCUCGUGCUGCCUUCCCCUUGCCCUGUGGGCACAACCUGCGGCCGGAGGCUGGCGCAGAAAUACUGUGAUACACACUCACAUCUACCUUCAGGAGCAAUGAGCUCUACACUGCAGCUGGGUUUUUACUUCCUGCUAUGUCUCUUAGGCUUUGUUUCGCUUCCGUGCAAGGGCACAACAAACUGGGGCUAGAUCGAACAUUCCCUUCAUCAAAUUUUGCUAAAGAGUGGACUGUUAAUUCUCUGAAGAAUCUCUUGCUCUCUGGCUGCAAAAUUCAUCUUUUUCAAAAAAAAAAAAAUCAAGCAGGAUCCAGAUAGGCUGCAGGCACAUCUGGCAUAUGUGACAAGGACUCUGUGAUGGCCCUACCCGUGUGGGAGGGGAUGGGGAUGGAAGGAGCAGAGGGACGGGCAGAGUCCCUGUGGCUGCCCUUGAACCAUCCCGCAUGGCAGGGGCCUGCGGACAGGACUGCUGUAUUAUAUGCUCUGCACUGGCCUCAACGCAAGUGGUGUCUGUCACCUUGUGAGCAACUGCAGCUCCACUCCUUGCUGCAUGCAAGCGAGGAGCUGCGCUUCCAGCAUGUGUCCCAUGGGCAAAGCUUUUUCUCUUUUUCCUUUUUCUAGCUCACCUCACGGACCUAGAAUUCAACUUGCAGACCUUGCCCGAUUCUCAACUUUAACUGCUAAAAUGUGGUGCCUACAGAUCGAGUAUGCGAUGAAUACAAUGAAGAUGCGCUCUAUAUGCCAAAUCUAACCUUUCUACCUAAAUAUACAGUUGCUGACUUGUGUUUACAUAGCCUUUAAAAUGCAGGCGCUAAACCGCGCAAUUCCUGUGAUUCAAAACCAUUCCAAGCCCCAGUUGUCCCAAGCCUGACCACCUGCUUCUCAGUUUGUUCUCAGUUUGUUUUCUGUUGUAUUCUACUUCUAGGGUCAAAUUCUGUUCCUGUGAGAUUCAGCUGGAGGUCUCGCUGUUGGUGUUAGUGGGAACGGAGCGAAGCGUGCCAUGUAUGUGCAAUGUGUGACCUGUCUGAAUAAAGCCACUGAUACGGGCUGAUUGCUGCAGCCUGUGUUAAGCUGAAGCCUUCUAGGAACCCAAUCUUUCUCUUCCCGUUUCCAAGUAUCCAGUCUCAGUAUGGAGCAAGCCAUAGCUGUAGCUGUACAUUCAACCCCAAGGCAUGUAUGCUGAAAAGCAGGGUGGUAUUAAAAUGAAAUGUCAGGAAUAGCAGCUCCUUUGGGGAAAAGCAGGUUUUCUUGGGCUUGGAUUUCCAGCUAGCGCAUGGAUGUAGUUCCAGGACUGCUGUGCUGCUAUGAGCCAGAAGAGCUGACCCUCCUUGUUCAGCAGCAGCAGAAGUGAAAUUUCUGUUGCUGUGGAUGUAUCAUGAAAUCAAGGGGAAUGGGACACACGUGCUGGAGUCACAGAAGGAGAGAAAAGGCAGUGAUACUAAGUGUAAGGAAUCAGCCGUCAGGCCGGGGGAAGUGGCAGUAAUCUGACAGUAAUACUGUGAUUGUUGUUCACAUGCCAUAACACAGGCUGCGCUGUUACAGUGCUCGUUAGUGAGCUAAAAGGUCAGUACAGGCUUAUCGGUGGGGAAACUUGAAGGAAAAAGGCUGGGGUUUUUCAUAGUAAUCCACUGAAGUUUAAUCACUGUCUAGUGACGCUGAAAGAUAAGCAAAGUAAUUAAGAUUCCCUCUAAAAAUGUAAUGUGAUAAUGGAAAAACUCGCCGUAUUCAUAGCUACUUUUCAAAAAACUAAUCCUAAUUGUUAUGAGAAUAUUAUAAAUGACUUGGAAUUGCAUACAGGCUUAAAUUUGAAUUCGGGUACACACAGUUGAAAAACUUACCUAAUACUGCACUAUUCAUCCAAUUUCCCAGCUAUGGAUUUUUUUAAAAAAACAACAUAUAGUAUAUAGAAAGUGUAAAUUAUAUACAGGCAAUGAGAAGAUACAUUUUCAGCUUCUUGCAAAAAAGGACUGCAACCUUACAUUUUUUUCACUUAAAUGCAAUUUUAUACGUUUAUGUUGCUUUAUAUAAAGGAAAUUGAAUGUGAAUGUUACCUUUUAUGAAUGCAACUUGCUCUUUUUUCAUUAUGAAAACUUUUGUUUGAAGUAAUCAAUAAACUUUGGUAUGUUGUUCUGAUUAA